AACAGGUCUGCUUUUCUGCCAGGUGAUGAGCGCAGCAAUGAGAACAUUGCUCUGACCUCUUUACACACACUGUUUUUGCGUGAGCACAACCGUCUGGCGCGUGCUCUGGCUGAACUCAAUCCUCACUGGGGCGGAGAGAGACUCUAUCAGGAAGCACGCAAGAUCAUGGGAGCAUAUUUCCAGGUUAUCACUUACAGAGAUUACUUACUCCACAUUGUUGGUCCAGACUUUAUUGCCACGCAGUUGUCCGCCUACCCUGGUUAUGAUGAAAACGUGGACCCCAGCAUCUCCAAUGUGUUCGCUACAGCUGCCUACCGAUUCGCUCACCUGAUGGUUCAGCCUUUCAUGUUUCGUCUUAAUGAGCGUUACCAGGAGCACCAUGAAUUCCCCAGCCCGUUGCUGCACAAAGCCUUCUUCACACCAUGGAGAAUCAUCCAUGAAGGUGGUUUGGACCCAAUCAUCAGGGGCUUGGUCGGUCGUAAGGCCAAGCUGAACACACAGGAUCACAUGAUGACUGAUGACUUAAGGGAAAGGCUGUUUAAAUUCUCUACUGAGUUAGCGCUGGAUCUGGCCUCCCUUAACUUACAGAGAGGCAGAGACCACGGGCUACCAGGAUACAACGAAUGGCGCAAGUUUUGUGGCCUGUCACAGCCACGAAAUCGAAGACAGCUGGCAAGAGUGCUGAAAAAUGGUAACCUGGCCAGGAGCCUGCUGGAUCUCUAUGGCAAACCUGACAACAUCGAUGUGUGGGUGGGAGGAGUGGCUGAGCCGUUUGUCCGUGGAGGAAGAGUGGGACCCCUGUUUGCCUGCCUGAUUGCUACUCAGUUCCAGAAUAUCCGCCAGGGAGACCGGUAA